AUGAUUACGAUAGACGUUACUCAUCCCAACCGACUAAGAAGACCUCGACUUGAUAUGAGCAAGCUUGUCCAUUCUCAUCAUAACCGACUGAGAAGACCUCAACUUGGUAUGACCAAGCUAGACGAUACUCAUCUCAACCGUCUUAGAAGACUUCGACUUGAUAUGAGCAAGCUAGACCAUAGUCAUCUUAACCGACUGAGAAGACCUCGACUUGAUAUGAGCCAUUUAGAUAGUCCCCAUCCCAACCGUCUGGGAAGACUUCGUCUUUAUAUGAGCAAUCCAGACCAUACUCAACCCAACCGACUGAGAAGACUGAGACCAUACUCAUCCCAACCGACUGAAAAGACCUCGACUGAGCAAGCUAGACCAUACUCAUCCAACCCGACUGAGAAGACUGAGACCAUACUCAACCCAACCGACUGA